AUGAUAUUUCAUCCUUUUCAUUUAGUUGAAAAAAGCCCAUGACCUUUAACAAGAUCAAUUUCUGCUCUUUCUUUAACUUUAGGUUUUGUAAGUUUUUUUCAAAACUUAAAUUUCUUCUUAUUAAUAUUAAGAAUUUUAAUAAUUUUUAUAUCAUCAUUUCAAUGAUGGCGGGAUAUUUCACGAGAGGGAUCUUUCCAAGGUUUUCAUACAUAUUGAGUAUUAAAUGGAUUAAAAAUAGGAAUAAUUUUAUUUAUUUUAUCAGAAAUUUUUUUUUUCAUUUCUUUUUUUUGAGCUUUCUUUCACAGAAGUCUUUCACCAAAUAUUGAAAUUGGUGGUCAAUGGCCUCCUAAAAAUAUUUUUCCUUUUAACCCAUUUGAAAUUCCUUUAUUAAAUUCUACUAUUCUAAUUUCAUCUGGUAUUACAAUUACUUGAAGACAUCAUUCAAUUAUAAAUAAAAAUUAUAUUUCAACUCUAAAUUCUCUUUUAAUUACAAUUAUUUUAGGUGUUACUUUUACAAUAUUCCAAGGCUUUGAGUAUUUUCAAGCUCAAUUUUCUAUUUCUGAUGGAAUCUUUGGCUCAACUUUCUUUUUAACAACUGGUUUUCAUGGAAUUCAUGUGUUAAUUGGUUCAAUUUUUUUAUUAGUUUCUUUUUUUCGAAUUAAAAAACAACUAAUUUCAUCAAAUCACUUUUUUGGUUUUGAAGCUUCUGCAUGAUAUUGACAUUUCGUAGAUGUAGUAUGAUUAUUUCUUUUUACAUUUAUAUAUUGAUGAAUUUAUU